AUGUCAUAAUUAGAAAUGUUUUCAUCAGAGUCUCUGGUUUUCAUCAUAUUUUCAACGUAGAAAGUGAUUAAUUUGUAAAUUUUUAUGUGAUGACUUUCAGUAGUAAUAUGAUUCAUUUAUUAAAAUCAAAUUUUAUAACGUGUUUGCAUAAUUUUUUAUCAGUAUGAUUGGGGAUAAAGUGAUGAAGUUGUUAUUGAAUAUUGAUAUUGAAGGUUAUAUGAAUAUCAUCAAUUAUAUGUUUAUCUCAAAAAUUUAAUUUAUCCACAAGGAAGUGAUGAAAAUUGAAUAUCUCUCUAGAAGCUGUAUGCUCUUAGAUUUCGUUAAUAUCGAAAACGAAUAUGAAAUUUUAGCCCAUGAUUUAAUUGAGGACAACUGUGUGUUGCAAUGUAGCUCACAUUCUUCAGAUCAAUCUAUGGGUCAAAAAACUGAACGUUCAUCAACAGAGGAAUCAAAAAGUAAAAGCCUUCCUGACGGUUUCGAUAAUAAGCAAAAUGUAAGAGGAAACUCAGGUUUAAAUGAUGGAUAUCAGAAUAUUUCCUGCCACUGUUCUACUCCUUAUCUUUUAAGUGAUUCAUGGUUCAAAACCUGGCCAGAAAAAUGUGAUAAAAACAGAAAUACUAGAAUGAAUUCAUGUAGAUCCUGCAAGAGAAAUGAAUUUAAAAAUACUCAGCUCAAAAUAAAUAGAAGAGAAAUAAACUCUUCCCUUGAUGAAUCAUUUGAAAACGUAACUAUAUCUCACAAUGGUCCAGCAACAAUUUUGUCACAGUCAGGUAGACGAAAGAGUUCAGAAAGUAAUAAUAAUUCAAACAACAAUUACAACCAAAAUGAACAAGUUUCCUUGGAAAAUGAAGCCAGUGAAUGCAAUUCCUCGAGUGAUAUUUUAAGAUCUGAUGCAGUGCCUAUAAAUCAGUUUCCAUCCAGCAAUUUUCAUUCAGAUGUAAAACCAUGUAACUAUGAGGUUAACACAGGAUGCACCUCCAAGAGAAAAUUAACGAGUUUCCUCAACAGAAAUGUGCUUCUUGGAUGGAAGCCAUCUGAUGUUCCUUCAUCCAUUGGAAACUUCUUGAAAUACUUUGGAAGUGAUAAUCAUCCGAUCUCAUCUAUUUCACAUCAAAAUGUAGCAAGUUCAUCAGCAUUAUUUCAAUACUCAAGACCUCCGAAUGUGCCUGCAAAAUCUUUAGAAGAAGAGGAAAAACAUAGAGAAGAAUACAAAGCCAUAUUAGCUGCAGCCAAAAGAAAAGAAGCUAUGCAUUCUGCAAUCAAGAAAAAGUUAGAAAAAAAGCAAUUAUUACAAGAAGAAGGCCUGGCUAAUGCUGCUAAAUACUUCGCUCAUAAAGUUUUGCCAAACUGGGAAUCUAUGAAAGAUAAUAGAAAAACUAGAGAAUUAUGGUGGCAAGGUCUCCCUUCGAAUGUUAGAGGAAAAGUUUGGAGUUUGGCAAUAGGCAACGAAUUGAAUCUGACUCAAAAGCUAUAUGAGAUAUGUUUAGCAAGAGCACAAGAAAAAUUGAACGCCCCAAAAGAUGAACAAAGAGAGUCAAUCAAUAAUCAGGAACGAAGUCUGGAUGCUAUAAAAUUGGAUAUCUCGAGAACAUUUCCUCAUCUUUGUAUAUUUCAAGAAGGUGGACCAUACUCGGAAAUUCUACAUUCUCUCUUAGCUGCUUACGUAUGUUACAGACCCGAUGUGGGUUAUGUCCAAGGGAUGUCGUACAUUGCUGCCAUCUUGAUCCUCAACAUGGAGCAGGACAGUGCCUUUAUCUGUUUCGCCAAUUUAUUAAAUCAGCCACUCCAUCUAUCAGCAUUUACAUUGAAUCAAAAACAGAUGUUAGCUUAUUUUGAAGCUUUUCACGAAGUGUUCAACUACAACCUACCUAAAUUAUUCACGCAUUUUCAAAAAUCAGGUCUCACUCCUGAUUUGUACCUGUUGGACUGGAUUUAUACAAUUUUCGCUAAAGCUAUGCCCUUGGAUGUUGCCUGUCGAAUAUGGGAUGUGUUCCUCAGAGAUGGAUACGAGUUUAUUUUCAGGACAGCUUUGGGUAUACUAUAUUUACAUCAAGAUAUCCUUAUGAAAAUGGAUUUCCUGGAUGGUGCCCAGUUUCUUACUCGACUACCUGACAAUAUUUCUUCUGACAAUUUAUUCAGGAGUAUUCAAAAUAUAUCUGUAAAUAUUGGUAAAAUGACUUUUGGUCAAAUUGUUGAAAGACAAAUCUCGAUGAGUACACAUUGGAAUGAAUGCUAAAUGUAUCAACAAAAAUUUUUAUAUUCUAAUAAAUUAUUGAUUGUU